GGCUCCCCGUCCGCGGCGGCCCUGCCACCGACCCCGGGUCCCCGCCGGCAGGAGCUCGGGGCGGACCGGGCGGCGGCGCUGCUGCUGGCGGCGGCUGGCUGGAUGCGAGACCUGCGCGCACCCGGCGGCGGACGGCGGCUCUCGACUCCGGAAAGCGGAUCGCGGAGCGGACGAGCCCGGGCGCGCUGGCCAUGGCCUCCAACUUUAACGACAUAGUCAAGCAGGGCUACGUGAAGAUCCGCAGCAGGAAGCUGGGGAUUUUCAGACGAUGCUGGUUGGUUUUUAAGAAGGCCUCUAGCAAGGGACCCAGAAGAUUAGAAAAAUUUCCAGAUGAAAAGGCAGCUUAUUUCAGAAACUUUCAUAAGGUAACUGAAUUGCACAAUAUCAAAAAUAUAACCAGACUGCCUCGAGAGACAAAGAAGCACGCAGUGGCAAUUAUCUUUCAUGAUGAAACGUCAAAGACAUUUGCCUGUGAAUCAGAGCUGGAGGCCGAGGAGUGGUGCAAGCACCUCUGCAUGGAGUGUCUGGGGACCCGGCUCAACGACAUCAGCCUUGGGGAGCCGGACCUUCUGGCAGCCGGAGUGCAGCGGGAACAGAAUGAACGAUUUAAUGUGUAUCUUAUGCCUACGCCAAAUCUGGAUAUUUAUGGUGAAUGCACAAUGCAGAUCACUCAUGAGAAUAUCUAUCUCUGGGAUAUCCACAAUGCCAAGGUCAAACUGGUGAUGUGGCCCCUCAGCUCACUGAGGAGAUACGGUCGGGACUCGACAUGGUUCACAUUUGAGUCAGGAAGAAUGUGUGACACAGGAGAAGGACUAUUCACUUUUCAAACGAGGGAAGGAGAAAUGAUCUAUCAGAAGGUCCAUUCUGCGACACUGGCCAUAGCUGAGCAACAUGAAAGAUUAAUGCUAGAGAUGGAGCAGAAGGCCCGGCUUCAGACAAGCUUGACUGAACCAAUGACAUUAUCCAAAUCAAUAUCUCUCCCUCGGAGUGCAUACUGGCAUCACAUCACCCGCCAGAACAGCGUUGGAGAAAUCUACAGUUUGCAAGAGGACAAAGCAUCCAGAGACUUGAUAAUGAUUGAAGGAUAAGAAAGAUGAGAAAUAUCAGGACAUUAGCAUCAUUAAAAUUAUACUUGGCAGGGAAUAAACUGCAGAGCUGAUGUAGAUUUAAACCUGGAUGUAUCCUUCAAAGAUGUUCUAACACUUACCCCACUGCCCUACAAUUAAUAGCUAAUUGAAAAUUGGCUGCUUCAAACUUCCAACUUCCCAAUAUUUUAAAACUUAUGAGCAUAGUUAUAUAAGUUUAUAUAAGAUGAAUUUAUGUUAAGAAUUGAAGCCAUGUGCAUGUGUGUUGUAUACCUAUGUUUAAUUUAGGAAUAAUAUUAUUGUUUGGGAGUAUUAGAAAUUUUUAGUUACCAUUGCUAUAUUAAUUUGGUUUGCUAGGGCAUAUAGAACCUUUGUUUUAUUUUUUUAAUAUUCAUAAUAUAAGAAAGGGAGGUUUGAUAUCAAACUUUCAGUAACAUAGUAUGUCUUCUACAUAUAUGUUGAAUGAUACAAGAUAUAUGAUUUUAUAACAAAAUUUCUUACUGACAACAUAACUCUAUGACAGAAAUUGUACUUCUUAUCCUUCCAUUCAUCAGAAAAUCCCAUUCUUCCAAAUAAAUUGGGAAAGUUGCCUCUCUGGUGUACAUUUGAGGAAUAGUCAUUGUCUAUGGCCCUAAAAUACCCAUUUUAGAAUUCUGUAAGUGCUCAAAAAAGAUGUUGUCUAAGAUACAACCUGUGCUUAUAUCUGUAACUCUAAUAAGCACCAUUCUGAUUAGUUGAAACUUUUCUUUGAGAAUAGCUUACCAUUUAUGAAUUUCUUUGGAAAAUAUUUUAAAAGUUGUCAAAAAUUGAUAGUAAAAUUUAGCAUUGUUCUUAAAUUCACCAAAAUGCCCCUUUUUUUGCAAAAACAAAAAAGUAAAUUAUACAGCAUGAUCAGUUUUACUACUUGAGCAUGUCUGUACAUUAAUGUUACAGCUUCUUUAGAGGCAUCAUGUUAAAUAAAUUAAAGUACGCAAAAGGAAAAAGGAAAAUGUGUUACUCAUUUUCUAAUCUACUACUUAUUUCCUGGAUCUCAGGGCUGAAUCCAUCCUUCUGAAGGCAAGGAGACAUUAGUGAGAUCUAGUGUGUAAGGGAUCUCAUCCUAGCUCAGUAAUUUAGUAGCCACCCCACCUUCAUUUAACCACAUUUAACUCCUCUAGUCAGUAAAUGGGUGGGGGUGAACCACUCACCUGAUUUCAAACAGAGAUACACAUGGUCUGAAUUGCUAUUGAGGAAGUGUAACAUGUUUGAGAAUUCUUUAUAGGAAGGAGAAGGGAAUGGAAUUUUAUUGAGUAGUUUACUAUGAACAAGAUCAUAUGCUAGGUAAUAUCACAAAUACAACCUCAUAUAAACCACGCAAACUUCUGAAAAGGUAGGGACUUAUGGGUGCAGUUUUUAUAGGUGGAGAAAGGGGUGGUAGCAUUGUUAACAGCGCUCACAUUUACUGAGCACUUUACACUGUUUCAUGAUAUUCAGUCUUCCCAACAACUCUCUGAGGGAGGUGCUAUUAUUGUCUCCAUUUUACAAAUAAGAAAACUGAGGCACAGAAAUAUAAAAUAACUUGCCUAAGGCCACAGAGCAGGAUUAUCAACCCAAGCAGUGUUGAUUUUCUAGCUCGAUUGCCACUCGGGUAGAAAAGUUAUGUAACUACAGGGUGACAGAAUUUAAGCAGGAUGAAAUAAAACAUUUAUAAUUGUCAGGUUUUAAUGUGAAUGUUGGUUCUUAGUGUGCUUAUGGCCAAAGAAUGACCAGACGCACCAAAGUAAGGCAAGCACGAGGUGAAGUGUAUUGAGGGGAAGCAAGACAGGAUUAUAGAGCAAGAGCAAGACAUAGGUUUACAAAGCUUGAUACAUAUGCCACAGCUGACGACUGGGCCCUUUGUCGCAGCAGGAAAAGAGAGCUUUGUUAUGGUCUGGGUCUUGCUUUUUUCCAGAUAGGGUCCUCCCUGGGGUUCAGAUGUCACCAUAGAACCACUUUGAUUGGACAAUUGGGGAGCUGCAUGACCUGAGUCUUACUGUACAUG